AAGAUUGUUCUUCUCAGUUCACUCGACAGCCCUCAGCCCCUCAGUUUUCGUUGGAAAAUCACAAAGUGAUAAACAGGCCAUCCCUUGGACGAACAUUGUCACCAACAAGUGGACAUUAAUUUAUUCACCAAUAUACUUCCACUCUCUUCUAAUGAGAAUACCAGUCACCAAUCAUCACUAGUUUUUUGGACGUUUGUGGCGGAAGUUAGUGAAAGACACGACAAGAAGAUAAAGCUCAGAAGGACCACUCCGAGGACAUAUCAGGAUGAAGUUCUAUCGCGCCGGCAAACUUAUCUUCACCGACGAGGUCAAGCACGAGCUCAUCAUGCCGGACUUCGCUAAUUCUCUGUACCCUCUCAACAUGAGCCUCGAAGACGAGAUCAAACGCCUCUUUGACUUCAGAAUUGAGAAUUAUCAGUGGCUACGACCAACACCCUCAUCUGAGGAAAUAAUGGACGAGUUCAGGCGAAAUGGCAGGGACUUCGAGUACUGUCCAGAGCUGGAGAGGGGAGAGAUACCUGCACACAACAUUCGCCGCAAAAAAACCAAGAGGCCAUUACCAACGGAGUGCGUAUUCUGCAAGAAUAACGGAGAACAGGAGUCUUACUACAAGAGCCACCUUCUCAAGGACGUUAAUGGCAAGACGACCUGCCCCGUUCUGAAAGCUUACACUUGCCCAAUCUGCGGUGCGAAGGGAGAGGAUUCUCAUACUGUCAAGUAUUGUCCAUUGAACAAAAAUGGAGAGACAAUGCCAACAUUUAACACCAUGAAACUUCUGAGAAAUUCCACAGGCAAGCGUCGUUACAGUAAAUAAAAAAAAACGACAUUUUUACUAUUCUAACGGCGAUGACCUCUCCCCAAAGUUUAACCAAAAACCUUACGAGAUCGAAGCGUACAUUCCCAAAGAGUCGAAAGCUUCUGGUAAGCUCUUAUCAUGCGUUGAUACUUAUAAAAUAAUGCGAGAGAGAUAAUCACGAGAAAUGUUGAGUAUACAUCAUGUUUUUUGAUAGAAAGAUUUUACAAGUCCUGUUCUCCACGUUGAUUUUGCAUUCCUCAUCAAAUGUUGAUUAAUUAUGCGUAAGAAUUUUAGUGUUAUGAUGAGAUUAUUGGUUGAAUGAUGAUGUCAGCCCUGAUGGCUUGCCAAUCUAAGAAAAUAAUGAUUUUCUUAUUAGACUCAAUGUUUACAGGGAACAUUAAUAAUUGUGUGAGUAAUUUUAUCAUUAAUUCGGUAAUUAUUAAGUAUAGAUAUCCUCAGGGGUGAUUAAUGACUAAUUAAGGCAUUCCGAUAAUUAUAUACAAUCCUUUGGGGAUUUUACAGUUUUUAGGAUUAACAUUCGACACUCCUCGAUAGAUAUUAGUGUGUGUACUGCAUUGCAGUUUUGAUAUAAUUAAGAAAUUAAGAUUGAAGGCGAAAAUUGAAGAAGAUCUUGAUAAUUAAUUAAUGGACUUUUAUUGCGGUAGUCAGAUAUAAUUUCUUUGCCUCAUCCACAUCCGGAAUAUUAAAUGAAGAUGUUCUAGGAACAAACAUUUUUUAUUGAGAUAUGUGGUGUGAUAAGAGACAAAAUAGACCCUUUUUACUUCAUCAAGAAUUUAAAUUCUUCGAAGCAAAAUUAUAUUUGCUAAUUCUCAAAUGAAAUUUCGUAGAUUUUCAUCUCAGCUAAUGUACGUUUAAGUGGUUGAAUGUUCCAUGAUAUUCUAGCCUUAUUCUUUGGACUGUUCAGCGGACUUUAACGACAUUUUUGAAGAAAACGCGAUUUUUGGAAUUUGGUAAAAUGCUGACUGCAAUAGUACUAAAAUGGAAUAAUGAAAUUUUGUCAAUUUCUUCUUCUCUUUUCCCCUUCGAAUUGCGAACGACUAGAUUAAUGAAAUACUGCAGGUAUAUCGUUAGUACAAACAAGUACUCAGUACAAAUUAAGUUUAAAUGAAAAAUACACUUAAUUUUUUUUCGUAAGCUUUAUCUGAAUGAAAUGGAUUUCACGUGAAACGACAACGGGGGUGGCUUACAAAAGAACAAAAUAAUCAUAAUAAAGUUCUCCGUUUGCUUAUUGAAUUGUCUAUUCCCAACAGCGAAAGAUCGAAAAUCAAUAGCCUUUAUAUUUUGUCGGUAAAAUUGAAUUCAGAAUAUGGAUUAGCACAUUUUUACGCAAUUGUACAAACGUUUUCUUCACAAUAAUUUACAUUUUGCUUCUUUAUCACGUCUUAACGACUUUACUAAUUAAUCGAUGAACUGACAAAUUAUUGACGUGAAUAAAUGGGAAAUGGAUUGAUUACUGAUGAUAGUGAAACAAAAAUAAAAAAUCAAUAUUUUAUUUUUACGAGCUGUAAAUUGUUGCUCGACGCGCUAUUGCUUCACGCAUCUUAUGUAUAGUUUUUAAUUUUGUUUUUCUGAUUGCAAAUACAAAUUUAUCAUCGUCUACGAUGAUAACUCCCAAUUAGGAUGAAAUGCCGCCCGCCGUAAACUCAUUAAUUCAAUCGUAUCACUAUCGUAUUAUUAUCUAUGGUUUAAUCAAUUAAAUGUAAUAAUAUUUUGUAACGGUGUUUUUUAAUAUAGCACAAAUGCAGCAUAAAA